UACGAGCUCGUCUCGAUUCAAGAGCCUACAGAUGGGUCUGCUUUCGGCUCCAAUCUCCUCUCCCGACUCCCUCUUGCACCUCCGCUAAUCCUCCGGCUUCGCGUAUUCGACACGCGCGACGGCCGAGAGCUCCCUAGUGAUGUAGAAGGCUCGUGGCUACUCUGUCAAGUUCAGCUCACUACCGAGUCAGGGCAGACGGCCGACAUGAUUUCCACCAGCGCCGCAACUAGUGGCAGCGUCACGAGUCCUCCCGUUCGGAGGUCGUCCCGCCAAAUAGCCAGAUCGACUGCCGCAGCGACAGCCUCGUCCUCAUCCCCACCACCCACACAAGCAGUCGUCUCGGGAUCCGCCGGAGCUGGCACGGCUGAAAAUACAGAUGCUAGCGGCCCGGUCAGCACCUCAUCCCCUUCAGGCAUCCUCACGCACCCUCUGCGCAUGCUCUACGGUAGCCUCACCGCCAGUCCGCAAGUGUUCCGCUCCACGGACGGACCCCUAGCUACCUUCUUCUUCUUCCCGGAGGUCUGCGUCCGCGUACGAGGUCGAUACAGGCUGCGGGCCACGCUGCUGCGACUGCCGAGCUCUACUUCGACCACCUCAUCAGCGAGCGCCGUCUUGGCCACGAUACAGACAAGCCCCUUCAACGUCCAAUUGGCUUCGGAAUACAUAGCACCGUACGUCACUGACCUGACGCGUCAUUUUGCUCGGCAAGGAGCUGCUUUGCCCUUGCCACAGGGGGAGCACACCGAUUGA